GGCCCCGAUAUUCCUCGUCAAAUCUGCUGCUUUCUUCCACCGCCUCCGUUUAGCCGGCUGCUACUCUGUCAGUCUUCGUUCCACGGCGAUGGGUUCGAGGGGAGGUGACAAGAAGCCGUCGGGGAGCAGGCCGACCAUCCGAACCCUCGCGGAUCUGAAUCAGAGUUCCGGCCACGGUUCCGAUAGCGACUCCGACGCGCCUCAGGAGUACUACACGGGCGGAGAGAAGAGUGGAAUGCUGGUCCAAGAUCCAUCAAAAGAUGGUAACAGUGUGGAUGCAAUAUUUGAGCAAGCUAGGCAGAUGGGAGCCAUGCAAGGACCAGUUGAUCCUAGUCAAUCUUCAAGCUCAAGAAGUUUUACAGGAACUGGCAGACUACUAUCAGGUGAAACAGUGCAUACUACUCCUCAACAGCCUGAGAACAUAGUUCACAAUAUCUACUUUUGGACCAAUGGGUUCACAGUCAACGAUGGCCCAUUGAGGACGUUUGAUGAUCCCCAAAAUGCAUCCUUUCUACAGAGUAUUUUGAAGUCUGAAUGCCCAAUGGAGCUAGCCCCAGCAGACAGGAGGUCUGUAGUAAAUGUCAAUCUCAUCAGGAGGGCAGAAAAUUAUUCUGAACCUGUGAGACCCCUUAAUCCAUUUCAGGGUGCAGGCAGGACACUAGGAACUGGGUCAUCCAGCAGCUCUCCAAGUGAAGUAGUCAACGCCAACCCAACAUCCAGUAAUAGUCCCUCCCCAACCAUCCCCCUGGCCGUUGACAGUUCUAAACCGUCUACUACCAUCCAGUUGAGGUUGGCAGAUGGAACUCGAAUUGUUGCACGCUUUAACACCCACCACACCAUAGGUGACAUACGGUCUUAUAUCGAGGCAUCUAGGCCUGGAGCAUCAAAUUUGUAUCAGCUACAGACGGUCGGUUUUCCACCUAAGCUGCUAGAUGAUUUAUCCAAGACCAUUGAGGAAGCAGGCCUUGCUAAUUCAGUUAUCAUCCAGAAGCAAUAACUUUGAUGCCGUGUGGUUUCCUUACCUUCAAACCCAGUAAACAAUGGUUAUUUACGUUGAUGAUUAUCCUUGCAACUGUAAGAUGCUUAUAUAAAUCUUUAGACCCAAAGGUGUUACCUGAUCGCUGCUAUGAAUCCAUGGAACAAAUUGGGUGUUCA